AUGGAAGAGAAAGAAGAGACAAUCUCUGUGCAAUCCCGCGAGCGAUAUGGUUCGGCUAGGGAAGAUGGCUCGGAGCCCACUGGCGAGAAGCAUGUGGUAUAUAUAACAUGAGACGACUCCGCUUCUGCCGUUUGUCAUUACGACUGGCCACAUUUUAUUUAUAAUAAUUGGUUAGAAACAGUUACGUGGUUCUGGCUUAAGGUGGGGACCGUGUGGAAUUUAUGAAGUCGAGGGGGAUCUGGACCGAGCCAGGAGAUUCUGGGGUGUCUUGGUCUCUUGGAGGCAGUCCAGAUGCGGCUACGCUUCGGCCAACUCCCCCGCAUAAGGGGUUUGGCUAUCUUACCACGAAGAGACAGAUCGCGUUGCCUGCCACGGAGCAUAGCCGGAAUGAUAAACGAGCGCGAUGUUGCUGUAUAAUCAUGGCUCUAAGACACCACCAAUCGGGAACGUCCUGCUUGUCAGUUGUCUCGUCAUGUGACGUGCAACGGUCUCGAUGAGAUUGGGAUUUGCACUUGUGUGACGAAACAUUGCUCUGAACGUGUAUGUGGUAAAUUUCGGCGUGACGUGUAUAAAAUAAAUUUUAAAGGAAUCCCUUUAUCUUAAGAAAUUAAGAUGACUGGUUAAGGUAUUGUUAACAUUUCACUUCAAUUAAAUCUCGUUUGAAGAUCCAGCAACAGUCGAUCAUAGUACAUAGUAUGUAGAAUAUGAAACUCGCUGGAUAGAAUGGCAAGGGAAAGAAAGUGGAAUCAAGGAUCAAGCGUGGUACCUUCUGUUUGCCAUCGGCGUUUUAUCCAUCCCAUAGGUGUUACUCUCACCGUCUGUCUGUCUCUCUCAUUACCCAAUGUAAAUUCUAAGUUCUGCUCCUGUGACUUUUUGUCGGGCGAAUCCUCGCAAAUCGGUCUGAAUACGUACGGCGUGCAAAGUGCGGAGAGAGCCCAGCCAAGUCUAGACACCUCAGGCUUGGCUAUAGGUUCCUGGUUCCUGGCUUUACUGCGAGGACAACCCUCGUUCUCCAUUCCCGUCUUGGUAUAGGGCGAGAACAUUCACAUAAUUUCUCGCGACUUGAUGCCAGACCGUUCUUCACCGGACAAGCCGACGAAUUGUAGGCACCCCGAGCCACCUCCAUUGCUGCUUCCACCACCACUACCACCAUCACCAUCACCAUCAUCCGCGCCACCGACGGCAACGGCCAAGUCUCCGACGUUAUUGCUGAUCCCGGAGAUUUAUGCCGAAGAAAGGCAAAGAACGAAGCAGAUGUCGCGAGGUGGCUUCAUGCCAAUUUCGGGCGGUGCUUGCAAUCAAAUUACACGGAAACACUUUAUCUUAAUGACCACGUUCCUACUGCACGGGACCCUACAUUUGUACCCGGUGGAGAUUGCAACGUGCGCCGCAUUUGGCUGGCAUUGUGGAGCCGUCAACCGCAACUGCGACUGCCGAGCAGCCAGCAGUCAGCCAGGCCCAGCAGGAUUCCGGUUGCGGAAUGCGCGAACGAUCGCCCGGUAUCAAAAACCGUGCACUAG